AUGGAAGCCUCCCCUUUGACUCAGCAAAGUAGACCAGAGGUAUUCCAGCCAAAGAUUGACAAACUAUAUGAAGCGCUAUUUCAGGUAACAGAAAAUGUCGAGCCGAGCGAGGGCUUCUGGAGGGAAUUCUAUCUACUUCCUCCUGACAGAACACACUUGCGCCAUCUCUUAGAUGGACUCUCACCAGAUGAUACAUUAUUAUUGCAGGGAGUUACCCAACGAUUAUUUACUCGAUCUAUACGCGAAGCCGCAGCCGGGGUGUCUCCAAAUGACGCACACGCGCUCGAGACUCUCACUAUAUUCCUAGGAAGUAUCUUGGUCAAGAAGUACACCAAUCCUAGCUCCGACAUCAUCACCGUACUCGCGGGACUCGAUGAAGUGGAUCAAGUCUUCCCUGACUUUGUUUCCGUGCUCGACAAAAUCAUCCGUAGCGGCGGUCAGGUGGAUCUCCGCCUGAAAGCGGUCAGGACGACUAUCGCCAUGAUCAGCGGAGCAUAUAAAACGAGCCUUGUCGCAUAUUUCAUGCAAAGAGAUUUCUUUCCGUCCAUAAUGAAGUUUGUACAUGAUUUGGACUCCAAUCUGCAAAUACUCGAACCAUUCCUGCUCCUCGGUUUAUUAGCAAACUACAAUAAAUUCGAGUUUCAGAACCCAUAUCAACAACGGCUGGAUGACUUUGUCAAUGAAGGCUCGAUCCAAAAGAUCGUCAAAGGUGUAGGACUUGCCUGCGCCGGGCUCAGAAACGCAUAUGUAGCGAUUCAAGACGAUCUGCCAGAAGGCUGGACAAUGAGUAAUACACUUGCUUUCUUCGGUUUGCGAGCUUUGGCUGGUGGGAAUAAAGACAAGGCUUCGACAUCGACAGCUGAAGAAGUUAAGGAGACUUUUGCUUCUCAGCCCGAAUCUGAAGCUGCAGUGCUCUUAGCUGCAUACGACUUUGCCAACGCAAACAAACUAUUUGGAUACAACCUAGUGACUUCCAUCCCUGAAAAGCGGAAUGAAGAGUCCCCCUUUGCCAGUUUCCUCUCUUUGACAUCCUACCUACUCCAACAUGCCUACCGCUCUGAGAGGGUUGCAACAUAUGCAGAACUGAAUAUGUUUUCGCUUCGCAUAAUCGUUGAGGAUCCAGUGCUAUGUAAGCGGAUCUGUAGUGAUGACAACAAGCGUAGCGUUCGUCUCUGUCGACAGAGACAACCGCAUCUCCCUCUUGUCAAUGGUGACCGAGUGCUAGCGACUGUUAUCUUCGAUAUGAUGAUUGACACGAUCACACACAAUCUUCGGCGCCGGUUAGACACAAACCUCUACAGUUAUACAAUCGCAAUCCUCAUCCGACUUUUCACUUACCUCUCCUCCAACAAGACCCGACUCACAUACCAUUGGGCCGAAAUGUGGCGCACUCUUCUCUCCCUCAUGCGCUUCCUCACCACCUACGCCUCCGACCUAUCCUCAGCACCACACAUCGACACUCUGACAACCUCACUCAUAGACCUGAUCGCAUUCACACUUUCUACAGGCGACGCUUUCCUCCCCGACCCAGCCUCAUACGACGACCUAUUCUACAAAAUCGUCGAAGCAGGUCCGAUCAUCGCACGGUUCCGGGACGUAUACAACCUUUCGACGGGCACCAACGCACCCGCUACUUCCUCACUACAAUCGCAUCAACAUGGGGCAUCUAUUAAUACGUUACUUACUGUAUCAACGCAUUUCCUCUCCCUGCUUUUUCAAACGGAUAAACCUACCGCAGAGGCCGGUGAAAGAGCGCAAGCGGCAACGACAGCACGAAAAAGGAAUCUUGGUCCAAGGGAAGUUCAUCAGAUUAUCAAGAAGGGUUAUGAUACGCUCAGCAUUCAGCCGCAGGAAGGGUUGAGUACGUGGGAAAAGUGGAGGGAGGCAGAUAGGAGACUUUAUUUGAAGAAGGCGGCACGAUGUGCGGUUGAGGAUGCGAGGAGGCUUGUUCUUUGA